AUGUCUCAUACUAAAUAUGCCCUGUGGAUAAACGAGAGCGUAGGCUUUAUGAGUGGUUUCUGGUCCUACACAAAAGAAAAAGCAAGAAAGCAAGAAAAGAUUCAUAAGAUGGAUGGAAAUCUUGGCCUUGCCCUGGGCCUUCUUCAGGACGGGCUCCAUCUUGGUCGCCUUCAUAAUGUUACCCUUGAUCUUGAGCUUGCCUCCCAUGAAGAGUCUCUGGGCGUUGGCCUUGCCGCUGACCAGGGAAGCGAAGUCAGAGUCGGAGAGGGACAGAGUCACUGUUUAUCACCGACGCGAUACGGUUAG